AUGUCGAGCGCCAUCAACCCGACUCAUGCUUCGGUGUCGGCGGGCUCAAGAGCGUCGUCUGCGAGUCACCCUCACCUCGACUCGUCCUAUACAAAUGGGGUCCCCCACCAUCAUCAUGACGCCGGGGCGCCUCAGCAAUCCAGCUCGGCAAAUGCUUCGAAAAAGGGAAAGCAAAAGAAAAUGCCGGACAAUAGUGAAGCCUCCAAGUUGAUAGCGGCCAAGAUCUCGCAGUUGGAGCUCGAUGCUGCGGGCGAAAAAGAUCAGGAGGCGGAAAUUGAACGCGAAGUCAAGAAAGCCAACCGAGAGCUGAACAACCUCACUUCCAAAAUGGACGAUUUGCAGAAGAUUGAGACCUUGCAGAAGCGCGUUACCGAACACCUUGCAGAUAUGAAACGUUUAGAACGCGAGAAUCUCAAGAAUAAGAAGCGUGGCGAUAUGUUGCAGAAGGAGAAGGACCAUGCUAGAACCGAGCUUAGCAAGUCCGUGACUCUGAGGGAAAAGUUGGAGAAGCUCUGUAGGGAACUCCAGCGGGAAAACAAUCGACUCAAGGGCGAGAACAAGACCUUGCAGGAUACAGAGAAAACGAGCCAUACCGCCUGGGAUGAGAAAUUCAGACAGGUGCUGUGGCAGCUCCAGGAUUACCAGGAGGCCAAAGAUCAUCCUCAAGCUCAGGUUGUCAAUAUAGAGGUCGAAGAACUUUUCAAGCAACGCUUCAAAUCAUUGCUCGAUCAAUAUGAGCUUCGCGAAUUGCAUUUCCAUUCCCUAUUACGCUCGAAGGAAGUGGAGGUUCAGUAUCAUAUUGCCAAAUAUGAUCGGGAACGCAAGGCAGCGGAGGCAGAAGCGAGCCGUUCUCGAGCUUUGAACGCACAGGUUCUGACGUUCUCCAAAACCGAGACGGAGUUGCGCAAUCAGCUCAAUAUCUACGUGGAAAAGUUCAAGCAGGUUGAGGAUACACUUAACAACAGCAACGAUCUUUUUCUCACGUUCCGUAAGGAGAUGGAAGAGAUGUCGAAGAAGACGAAACGCCUUGAAAAGGAGAACCUGGCCUUGACUCGAAAGCACGAUCUCACCAACCGGAACAUCCUAGAAAUGGCAGAAGAACGCACGAAAAACAAUCAAGACCUUGAAGCGCUUAGAAAAAAGAACGAGAAACUUACAAGCAUCAUUAAUCAGAUGCAGAAGCAGGGAAGAGGCGUGCCUGGGAAUAUGGCUAUGCCAGAGGGUAGUGUAGAAGGAGAAUAUGCCGAGGGAGAUUUGGAGGGCACGGAGAGCGAGUAUGAGUAUGAUGAUGAAGGAGAAGAAGGUGAUGAGGAUGGAAGUGAAGAGGGAGAGUUCAACGAGGACACGGAAGAGGAGAUGCCAGAGGCACCCAAGCCAUUCGGCCCAGCGCCCCCUCCUCCGGCCUUUAAUGGAGCAGGUGCUGCAAAUGGCAACAAGCACUGA